UGUAAGCCAAUGUAUUCCUCUCCCUUACUUUUGCAUAAAGAUCAUAGUAAAUAACACUAUGUAUAUCCCAUUCGCACCAACAGCAAAUUUCACUAAUGCAUGAACAAUUUGGGCAUAGAUAGAAGAAGAGAUCAACACGUGCGUUAAGACGAAUAGAAAAAUGUAACGAAAAUAUUCUGGGAAGCAUUUUCCACUUCCUCAAGAAUUAAAUACAUAGAUGCAACGAAAAACCAAGAAAGUCGAAUCCGACAAAGAUUAAUUUAGUGCAAUGCACAGUAUCAAGCUUCUUUUGACAAUAUUAUGGGUUGAUAAGAAAGUUAUGUUGGGUUCACUGACUGAACGGUCGAGAUAAUGCACGCACUACAGUCGACUACAGAAGACGGCACCUCAUAUUGAUCUCGUCAAGCUUUGGAUCAGUUUUAAACCAGCAUUGGACCAGUCCAGUACGCAAUGAAAACCCUUCAGGAACUUGUACUUCCAGUACUUGUCCUUCUGCUCUUUGCGGAGUUGGCGAUGAGUUUGGUAAGCGAUGCCCAAUGGACCCAGUACAAGGCGCAAUACAUGAAGAGGUACCGACGCGAAAUUGACGACAAGUAUCACAGGGCGCUGUUCAGCAAUAGUGUCCAAGCUGUUGCCCAUAACAACAGGCUCUAUUCCCAGGGAAGAGUGGGAUUCAGGAUGCGCUUAAACCAGUUCUCCGACGUCGACCCAAGUCAACUCUCUAAAUUCCGUACUUCCGUACCACCGCCACCGGAAUCCGGUACUAGGAUCGUGACGAAACCCCCUGGCUACAAGUCCUACAACCAGAUAACCGGCGGGAUAGACUGGCGUAAGUUUGGCCUUGUCUCGGAGGUGGGAGAUCAAGGCACGCAGUGCUUUAGUUGCUGGGCCUUCUCCACCACGGGUGUUUUGGAGGCACAUCUGGCGAAGAAGAAUAAACGGAUGGUGCCCCUAUCGCCCAAACACUUAGUGGACUGCGUACCCCUUCCAAGUCUCGGCUGCCUAGGUGGCUGGGUGGGCUUGGCCUUCAACUACACGAGGGAUAAUGGUAUUGCCACAAAGGCAUCAUAUCCCUACAAGCCAGAGAAGGAUGAUUGCAACUGGAAUUCCAAAAACAGUGCAGGCACCUUGCGGGGAUACGUUACUCUAGAUAAAGACGAUGAAAAGGAACUGGCCGAGGUGGUCUACAACAUUGGACCCGUGACAGCGUCCAUCGACCACCUUCACGAUGAAUUCAAUCAGUACUCCGGAGGAGUCUUAAGGAUUCCCGCAUGCAGGUCGGACAAAGGAAACCUCUAUCACUCAGUGCUCAUUGUGGGCUUCGGUACGGAUCCCAAGUGGGGGGAGUACUGGCUGAUCAAGAACUCCUAUGGGACAACGUGGGGCGAGAACGGCUUCUUCAGGCUGGCCCGCAAUGCUAACAACAUGUGCGGUGUAGCCACCUAUGUACAAUACCCACUUCUGUAA